GAGAGAGAGAGAGCGAGCGAGCGAGCGGGGGCAGGAGAGUUGAGGAACACAUUGUAUUGACAGCGUCUUUAUCAUUCCACUUGGAGGACAACAGAAAGUGAGACGCUGGUGUUCACCUGGAUUACGUGGAGAAGGAACUUCGGGCCGUCGAGUUGGAGGAGGCAGAUGAAUGCGGCAGCCCCGAGAGGGCGAGUGUGUGUUUUGCGACGGGCUACGUUUAGCGAAAGAUGAACAAAAACCACCGAGUGCCGAGCAGCCGAUCUCUGAGCGCCGUGGAGGUGAAGAGCAAGUUCGGAGCGGAGUUCCGGCGCUUCUCUCUUGAUCGCUCCAAACCAGGCCGCUUCGAUGAGUUCUACGGCCUUCUGCAGCACGUGCACCGAAUCCCCAACGUGGAGCUGCUGGUGGGCUACGCCGACAUCCAUGGAGACCUGUUGCCAAUUAACAACGAUGACAACUACCACAAGGCUAUCACCACGGCGACGCCCCUGCUACGCCUCUUCCUGCAGAGGAAAGAGGAGGCGGACUACUCCACAUUUGGCACCAACUCUUUGACCCGCAAGAAACCUCCCCUUGCUGCAGUGCUCCUGCGCCCUGAUGCAGGCAGGAAGAAGCCGGCAGUAGUCAUCAGCCUUCCCCGAGACUUCCGUCCCGUGUCGUCCAUUAUCGACGUGGACGUGCUGCCCGAGACACACCGGCGUGUGCGCCUUUACAAACACGGCCAGGAAAAGCCGCUGGGCUUCUACAUCCGAGAUGGCUCGAGCGUGCGCGUCACGCCGCACGGCCUGGAGAAAGCACCAGGCAUCUUUAUCUCGCGCAUGGUGCCCGGUGGCCUUGCCGAGAGCACGGGCCUGCUUGCCGUCAACGACGAGGUGCUCGAGGUCAACGGUAUCGAGGUGGCCGGGAAGUCGCUGGACCAGGUCACCGACAUGAUGAUCGCGAACAGCUACAACCUCAUCAUUACGGUGAAGCCAGCUAACCAGCGCAAUAACGUGGUGCGCCACAACAACAACAGCGGUGGAGCUGCUUCAGGCAGCUCAGGUCGAUCCUCCGAUAGCGGAGCCAGUUACUACAGCUACACGACCCCAGUUGCCAUGGUGACAGCCCCUGCGCAAAUCAUCCAGAACUUCCAUCCUGAGGAAGUGGACAGCGAUGAGGAUGACGAAGACUUGGUGAUCGAGGCAGCUCAAGAUAGCAGGCUCGCCCCAGGGCCAGGGACAGAGGCUAGCUCCAGCAUGUCCACCCUGCCCAGGUACAAGCCUCACCUUGACCUCCGACAUUCCAACGGGACCUUUCAGCAUCCUGUUAUGAGCAGCACCAGCGCAGAGUCACCGAGGGGCCCUGAGAGAGGUGUGCAGACACAGAACCUGGAAGAGGACGGCACAGUGAUCACGCUCUAGAGAUGAUAGAACAUCAACGACAGCUGAGACUUACACACUCGAUAUAUACUGUAUAUAUGCAGUAUAUAAAAAUAAUCCUAACCACAUUAUCCACACACAGGCAAUUAUUCUCAUUUACACACACACACACACACACACACACACACCAAAACAGUCUCUUGUGCCAUAUAACUAACAAUGACUCUCUACUCUGUGAGAUUACUGAAUCCACUCCUUAAAAAAAUCCCUUCAGAUGCUUCAGAAACUCCACAACACAGCACUUCUCUUUAAGCACAGACCUUUUUGGGUUUUUUUCAUUCCUGCUGGAGGGAGGGCUUUCUACACACUUCCCUCCAUAACUGGGAGCACAAUAAUAAGUAGCGGAUUUGACUCGAUGAGUGUGAACGUCUGGAUAAUUGCACGUUUGCAGGUUUUUUCCCCUGCAUUUAGACCUACAAAGAGAGACCUCAUAUCAGUGAGAAACAAUAUCAGUGAUGACAAUCUGUUUUAAUGACCUCUCGGGAGUCAUGUGACUCCAGGAUCCGAACCACAAACAAAUUUCGGUGACUUCUUUUUUUUUUGCGUUUCACAAAUAGCACAGGAAAUACUCUGUGGUUACGCUGUUAAUCUAGAGACAAACAUAUAGAAGCCUGUUUGAUACGACACUAGUUCAGCUGUCAUGAUCGCUUCCUGGUGUGUUUUUAUUGAAUGUCGACUAAAUUUAGAAUGCUUCUCAAUUUUUGCGUGUACGAGCAAACGAGCUUUUACCUAAAUUUUUGGGAGAUUUCUUAGGCUCGUAGUGGGCCAUUGCUAAUGCUUUUAAUCAUUGCCAAGGACCCGAGAAAUCAUAUUUUUGUAGCAGAUAUUUAAAUUUUUAUUACCCUUUAUGUUUGACAAGGGCUGAUUCCCUGCCCUGAUUUAUGUGAUGUUUGUUUGUUUGUCUUUUCUCUUUCCUAAUGACCUGACACUAAUUUUCGAUCUUCAUCGCAGAUAACAAACUUUUCUGUGCACUCUGAAGUGAAGUGUUUCAUGUAUGAGGAGUGUGUUUAUGCCUCUUGAAAUAUUUCACAGUGCGAGAUAUAUUAGAUACGACAUUAUUUUCAACCUUCGCCCUCAAGUAGAGGUGCAUAGAUGGAGGCUGCAGAACAUUUGGAACGAGCUUUUUUGUUUAUUCCAGGUGAUGUGCCGUGACUUGUCAGGGGAUGGACUUUAAACCGAGCCCUGACCUGCGGCAGAUCACCACUGGAGCCUUUCUGUAGUUAACUGAAGCAGCGUAGAUAUGAACACGGGGUAGCGGUUUGUAGUCCUGUGUGAUGUGGGCAUCGGCUGCGUUAUUCGUAUCUACUAAAGAUAUGCUCCACAAAGGCACCUUCUAUCCCAGAAAACACACACCUGUAUAUGUUUUCCAUCGCUUGACUCACCUUUGCAAAUGUUGCACUGCUUGGUGCUAAGAGUUUCCUUGCAUCUAGGCGGAUGAUAACGACGGAGUACAUUUCCUCUAAUGCUUCCGACGCUCUGUUUGGCUUUGGUAUAAACGCCUAUAGAUGAGCCUACAUGCUAAGAAAACAAUUACCCUACUACCCAAAUACAUUGCUUCAAGUUAACGUUAUUAUUUCUGAUGCAUUUGCAUUAAAUCUGUAUGGACGGCCCUUUUGUAAGCUCGAAGGCAAUAUAGCGAAAACACUAGAUUUUAUAUUAACGGAUGUACUGAAUAUACAUCUUGAAUGUCAUAAUAUUUGGAUAGACUGCUGUGCCUCAUGUACUCUUAACCAGUGUUCUCGGAUCUUUUAUCCAUGGAGUAGUACAUGUAGCUUUAUCCUUCCCUCAUACUCUGAUGAGAAUCAGAAACACUGGAUGACUGUGAGCAGAACCCAUUCCUAUCCACUCCCUUCCCCUUAUACGUAGACACUUUAAUAAACUCGACCAUUACAAGGCUUUUUAAUGGUACAUAUACUGUAGUAUGACUGGUUUGUCCUCUUGUCCUCUUAUUCCAAGCUGUUCUUCAGUAAAACAGGAUCAAAUGGCGUUUUAGGAAGAACUGUUAAUUUAUUUUAAUUUUUUUUGUUAACCACUACACUACACUUGGGAUUGUAAUCACAGUGACUGUAUUUAUUUUCUAAUCAGCGCUACAUAUUUUGUUUCUCUCCAUCAUUUUGUGUUAAGCUUACAUGUACCUCUUUUCUUUUUCUUUUCUUCAUAGUGGAUCAUGUCCAUAAACUGAGUUUGGGGCCAUUUUUUAUUUUUUUAUUUUAUUUUUUAUUUUUUUUUCCCCAGUAGGCUUAAAUUUAUUUUAGAUCAUAAAUCGAAGAUAACAUGCUGUUUUCCAUACUGUGAAUUUAUUUCAUUUCUAGAGGAGACCUCUGAAUGAAUCCGAGAUCACCUACUAAUGGGCUUUACUUGAGCUCGUCAACUGCUUUUGCUGUUGUUGGUUUGUUUGUUUUUUUGUUUUUUUGUUUUUUUUUGCUUUUUUUUCUGAUAAUGAGCAAUGAUUAUUUUUGCUUGCUAGAUAAAUCCUAAGGUAUAGAUUUGUACUGAAAUGACCAGUAUUUUCAUAAUGCUAUAUACUGUAAAUUUGUAUCACAUUAAUUAAACUGUUUAAAAGGAUAAAUACUAUAUUAAAACAUAGGUGCACAUGUAUACAUUAGUCUACAAGCUGGAUGAAAUAAACUAAUGUGUAGAAAUGAC